AGCUCUAUGCAUAUGAAGGCCAUCAGUGGAGCAACUGUUGUGGAAACCAUCAAAUUGAGUCGCAUGAGGCCAGAAGCAGCUUAUCUGCAGCUGAGAGGACACAGUUAGGCAAGCUCAGCAGGAGGGACAGAUCUGCCACAGUGUGUCCUCUGGACACAGUGCAGGAAGCACUGUUGGACAAAGACUCCCAAGCCACCAAUGGUCAAUAAGUAAACAAGACAACCAGUAUUUAGUCGCUCAGAGAUCAGUUUCCACGGCAACCUGACCUAUAACCGGCCCCUGCUGGUUGAUGGUUCCAUGCCAGCUCUCCUGCUGCUGAUCUGACUGUGAACCAGGAUCAGACUCUAUAUUUACCUCUGAUUAUCAGUGGAGACGUCAAACGUUCCUCAGUGAACCUCCAGACUCCACAUGACUAACAGCAUGUCUCUGACUAGCGCCGCGGUACAUGGACCCUCCUGGAAGAAUCCAAGCUUCGGCAUGGAGGGGGGAAGAGACCCCCCCCUCUCCGACCAGGGAGAGACUAUCAUUGGAAUCUAUCUCCUGCUGCUUGGAUGGACUUCCUGGUUUGGAAACAGCAUCGUCCUCUUCGUUCUCUACAGACAGCGAGCUUCGCUUCAGCCCACUGACUACCUGACCUUCAACCUGGCCAUUUCUGAUGCCAGUAUUUCUGUUUUUGGCUACUCUAGAGGCAUCAUAGAGAUCUUCAAUGUUUUCCAGGACAGCAGCUACUUCAUAUCCUCCAUUUGGACCUGCCAGGUGGAUGGUUUCUUCACAUUAGUGUUUGGUCUGAGCAGCAUCUUUACACUGACAGUGAUUAGCAUCACCCGCUACAUCAAAGGAUGCCACCCACACAGAGCACAUCAUAUUACCCGGACCAGUGUAUCGAUCUGUCUGCUCCUCCUCUGGGUCGCCGCUGGGUUCUGGUCUGGAGCUCCAGUGCUUGGCUGGGGUAGCUACACAGAUCGGGGGUACGGUACCUGUGAGAUUGACUGGUCCAAAGCCAGCUAUUCAAGCAUCUACAGGUCCUACAUCAUCUCCAUCUUCAUUUUCUGCUUCUUCACGCCUGUGCUCAUCAUGCUCUUUUGCUAUGUGUCUAUCAUUAACACGGUGAAGAGAGGCAAUGCCCUCUCUGCUGACGGAGACCUGACAGACCGUCAGAGGAAGAUUGAGAGAGACGUAACAAUUGUUUCCAUUGUGAUUUGCACAGCCUUCAUCUUGGCCUGGUCCCCAUAUGCAGUGGUCUCCAUGUGGUCUGCCUGUGGUUUUCAUGUGCCUAACCUGACCAGUAUCUUCACCCGGCUCUUCGCCAAGUCUGCCAGCUUCUACAACCCUCUGAUCUACUUUGGUCUCAGUUCCAAAUUCCGCAAAGAUGUAGCCAUCCUGCUUCCCUGCACUCAAAACGGCAAAGAUGCUGUUAGGCUCAAGCGCUUCAAGCCAAAGCCCGAUGCUCAUGGACACCGUGGUGGAGGAGAAGGAAGAGCCAGACUCAAAGGUCCUCUGAAUCUCUCAGUGAAAAAGUACUCGCCGAUGAAGGAGACCCCUCAGGCUACUACCCCAGACCCUGCAAGGGAAACCACACUGCCUUGUCCAUUACCUGGGACAAUAAAACCCAGCCCAGAGGAGGUGUACUUCAUCAACAUGCCCCUUCCAUCUGAGGCCAGCUCCGAGUUUGAAUGUGUCAGACUCUAACAGCAAAGUCACAGACUCUGCUGCUAAAAGCAGAUUAUUAUAAACUCUAAAAAGAUACUUUCUGUCUUGUGACACAACGUGAAAUCAAACUGAAGUUCCUCAGUAAUCCCAUUAAACUUUAUAUGUCAUAGCAGUUGAUUUUGGGUCUUUUAGUUCACUGUAAACAGAAAUCAGAAUAAAAUUAAAACUUAGAUAUCCAAAAAAUGGCUAGGCAGACAGUUCAACAACUUCUCAAAAUCUCUAAAGAGACUUCCAUUUUCUGUUUGUGCUGCUGUCUUUUCUAGGAGAGCUGUUGUAUUCUUUAAAGUCUUUUAGAGUGUAGGUUUCAAAGGAGCAGUCACUUCACAAAAUAUCCUCACAAGUAUUGCUGAAAUCAUUCAGGAGUGGCCUCCGUAGUACAGAAUCCCCUGAAAGGGAAGAAUAGGGUCUGUAAAUUAAAAUUGCAAUACAGCUUAGUAUUGAUCAGAGGAGGAGAGCGAACAGCAGCCUGUGGGCCAGGAACCAGAAGGAAAACAAUAAACUCAAAUAUAACUGGGAAAUUAUCAGACAGAUAAAAAACACAUCAAAGCUGAAAAUUCAAAAUAGGUUCACAGUGUGUCUAUGCUCAUCUUACUAAGUUAAAAGAGCUAAACUAGCUUAAAGUCUUCGGGAAUUCACAUUUAAAUGUAAAAUCUUUCUGG